AUGACGUCCAACUCAUCCACUCACCGCAGCUCCAGUGCCGCGGUCGCCGGCGGAGACAUCGGCAAGACACCAACUUCAACGCUAGACUCUGCUCGCCCUUCGGACCGAGAUUCCAGCCUAACGCGUGGCCAGGACUACGCUAGACUCGAUGAUCGAGACAUUCAUGAUGAGCAGGCUGAGAACACUGCAGACCAGCACAAUGCUUCCGCCGCGGUCCUCGCUCGUGACUAUGCGAGCACAACGUCAGACGUAGAGCAGUCCGACCCGGCGAGAUCAAGAUCGAGACCCUGCAUGGGUCCAGCCGACACCCUCCCUUCUUCCGGCGUCCGCCAGUUGGCAGCCUCGUCUCUCGCCCCGACAGCGCACGUUUCGCAGCCUUCAUCUUCUUCUGGCCCUUCCAACUCCGCUGCACGUCAAAGAUCCGGUGACGACGUCGCCGCCGUAGCCGAACCCGCGAAUCCAUCUGGCGCGCAAGAUCCUUCCAGUCGCUCGUCACGUUUGACCUCGCGGACGGAUGACUCCCAUCUCGGUCGCUCCGAGUCUUCAUCUCCAUCACAUACGCAGCAGGCUCCACCACGCAGGCCGUCGGAAGCUUCCACAAUCGCAUUUCCAACACAGUCCUCCCAAGCAACUGGUUCAAAGCAGGCCAAGUCCACAGCUGACGACUCAGACGAAGACGAAGUAGGCGCUGCAGGUCAAUAUAACGACGACGAUCCGGGAUCUCUCUCGGCAAGCUUCCUCUCCCAGCUCGACCAGCACGCCAGAACACCAACAGCCCGCUACUCCUUCGACGACCAUCAGGACUACUUCCAUCGACUCGAGUGGGAAGCCCUUGUUGAAAAGGAACGGCGCUCUCCGUCUCCGCCUCUCCUGACGCCGGCCAUCGACAUGACCUCGCGUACCGACCAACAGACAGCAGCAGCUCCUGCUGCUAGCUCGUCGCCCUCCGCCGAACGCUCAUCGUCAUCCUCGGCUUCGACCAUGCUCGACAAUCAGUCUCAGGGCUCUCGCGCAGAUGCUUCGUCAUCGUCGGACUCUGACAGAGCCAAAAAGAGGCCCACGCCAAGGAAGCGCUCCAACUCGGCAGACGGCGUCGUCUCCUAUGGCAACUUCCGCAAUGGUCGCUAUACUGCCCGCCCUCGUCAUGCGCAUCCUGGCCCACCUCCGGCAGCCAACCUUAUGCUCAACAUGCGCAGCCCUCAGCCAUGGAAUAACAAUGGACCCCGACCCGGCUCUUCUGACGGACGACCACGCUCCAACAGUCGUAGCAACGACCCAGUAGGCUGGGCUCAGCGAGGCAAUUACAGCGUCUUUGCCGACGCUGGAAUCCCAGGCACCAGCUUCCCGCACCCUGGCGUAUUGGCGCCCAGCGCUGGUCAAGGGCCCAGCGACGCGAACCCGUCAGCAGAUCCGAGACUGGCAGGAGGUGACUUCGUCAACACAGUACAGCCAUGGGACUCGCCACGCGCCCGGCGCUCGUCGCCGCUCUCGCCUGGACCGGAAGCAGCGAGACGAACGAGGCUAUCUGGAGGUCGAGCUGGCGCCGCCGCUGUGCCUCAGCCAGUUGCCGGAACCGCUCUCGCAAGAGUCUCGACGAGUCAAUCCGUCGAUGCUGCAGACCUGCCUAGCGUUGCUUUGCAGCGACAGCGCAUGCAACCCUCCACACAGGAAGAUGCUGAACGUCACUCGCUUGAGCAGGGCUCCGUUGCUGAAGACGACGAUGACACCGCCAGGAGCGUCCGCCACAAUGGAGACGAAGACGAUGACGACGACGAAGGCAAGGAUAAGGAAUCCAAGAAAAAGCCUCCCCUCAAGCAGCGGGCAAAGGCUGCCAUCGCCAACAUUCGUCUCUCCUCCAACUACUUUGCCCUUUACAAAGCUACCGACCGCACGGACAUCACGCUCCUCGUCAUCGGCAUCAUCGCAGCCAUUGGAUCCGGUGUACCCCUUCCCCUCAUCGGUAUCCUCUUCGGUCAGCUCAUCGACGGCUUCAACUCCUCCGGCUGCAGCGGCAGCAGCGGUCCUACCGACCGAGGCGCCUUCAUCGCUUCCGUCGACGACAAGGUUGAGAAGAUUGCCAUCAUCGCCGCGGUUAACUUCUUCCUCAUCUGGACCUACACCACCUGCUGGUCCAAUCUCGGCGAGCGACUCGUCCGCAAGAUGCGCCAACGCUACCUCCGCGCCGUGCUCCGCCAAGACAUGGCCUUCUUCGACAAGCUGCAGCCGGGUGAGGUCGGAACACGUCUCUCGGCGGAUCUGCUUACCGUCCAAAACGGCACGAGCGAGAAGAUGGGCAUUCUCAUCUCGAGUCUCUCCUACUUCGUGACCAGCUAUAUUGUCGCCUUCAUCAAGCUGCCCAAGCUCGCGGGGCAGCUGGUGUCGUUGCUGCCUGCAUUCGCGAUCGUCAGUGUCUUCGGCUCGAGGUUCGUGUCCAAAGCGCAGAAGAACACCUCGACGCACCUAUCGCAUGCAUCGAGUCUGGCUGCGGAGGCGUUGAACAACCUGCCGGUGGUUCAGGCUUUCGGUUCGCAGCCAAGACUGUCAAACAUCUAUCAGAGCCAUCUGGAGCUGGCUAGGAAGCAGGGAACGCUCAAAGCGCUCGCGGCAGCCUGUGUGCUGGGAAGCUUGUUCUUCGUCGGAUACUCGGCCAACGCACUAGCUUUCUUCUCAGGCUCGAACCUGAUCGCUGCGUCGGGCAACCCAAGCACGGUAGGAUCGGUAUACACCGUCAUCUUCUUGCUGCUGGAUGCGUCGUUCAUCGUGGGUCAGAUUGCUCCGUACCUGCAAACUUUCUCGGCUGCCAGUGGUGCCGGUCAGGCCCUCCGCGAGACGAUCAACCAAGCCUCUCCUAUCGAUGGCACAGACACUACCAAGGGCAUGACGCCUCAGCCAGGCGACGUCAAGGAGAUCGGCAUCGAGCUGUCUGACGUUCAGUUCACCUACCCCGCGCGACCGGACGAGAAGGCUCUCGCCGGUCUCAGCAUCUCUGUCCCCGCUGGGCACCGCGUUGCGCUCGUUGGUCUGUCCGGCUCAGGCAAAUCGACCGUAGCAGCUCUCCUGCAGCGUUUCUACGACCCCACCUCUGGCAAAGUCACCCUGAACGGCACCGACCUACGCGACUACAACGUGCGCUGGCUUCGCUCGCAGAUCGGCGUCGUCGGCCAGGAACCUGUGCUGUUCGACUGCUCAAUCAUGCAGUCCAUCGCGCACGGUCUCGUUGGAUCUCCUGCACACGCCCAUCUCCACGCCACCGUUAUCGCCUACUCGCAGGUUGGUCAAGAGAAGGAGGGCACUGAGCUGGAACAGGUGCUCACGACGCCGGAACAGAUGGAGCAGCUCGAGGAGAUCAAGGAGCUCUGCACGCGGGCGGCCAAGCUUGCUGGCGCCCACGGGUUCAUCGAGAAGCUGCCUCAGGGGUACGAUAGCCAAGUCGGCGAGUCGGGCGGCAAGCUGAGCGGUGGUCAGAAGCAGAGGAUCUCGAUUGCGAGGGCGAUCGUCAAGCAGCCCAAGCUGCUGAUCUUGGACGAGGCGACCGCGGCACUGGACUCGCACUCUGAGCACGCGGUAUCGAAGGCGCUGGAUAGCAUCUCGGAGGGCGUAACGACCAUCGCGAUCGCACAUCGCCUGGCUACGAUUCGGAACUACGAUCAGAUCGUGGUCAUGGGCGCGGGCAAGGUGCUGGAGAAGGGCACACACAAGGAGUUGCUCGCGGAGAGGGGCUACUAUUACAAGCUAGCCGCUGCGCAGGACACUGGUGCUUCGCCAUCUGCUGACGACGAAACAACCAGCAGCGAUGACGACGAGGACGAAGAGUUCUCGGAAGGCGAAGAUGAACCCGCGGAGCGCCAAGACCAGAAGGACCCUGCGCGGCAAAGAGGCCGCCGCACGAUGGACGAUGUCGCCGAAGGCGAUGAGGUGGAAGACGCCGUAGCCACGCCCAGCAACGACAGUGACGAGGCCUCGCCUUCGCGCGACUCGAAUCAGUCUACACUGAACCGCACCAGCAGCGAUGACGCUACCAAUGGCAAACUCCGCAAGCUCGACGACAACAACGAGCUGACCGAGAAGGAGGCCACCGAGGCGCAGCUCGAAGAAGUCGCGGGUCGCUACCCUCCACGCGUGAUCCUCAAGCGCGUGCUCUGGAUGCUCCGUCGCGAAUGGCCCUACAUCCUGCUCGGACUCUUCACGAGCGCCAUCAUGGGCGGCUCGUACUCCGGCGAAGCCGUUCUCUUCGGUCACGUCAUCGAGGCGCUCAACCCGCAGUGUCGCGGUGCCGACGGCGUCCGCGCCGCAGGUCGCGAGUUUGGUCUCUACUUCUUCAUCCUCGCGCUCAUCCAAUUCUUCGCCUACACGAUCAACGGCCUUGUCUGGGGCCUCGUCGCCGAGCGUCUCCUCUUCCGUCUCCGCCGCGUCUCGUUCAACACCAUGAUGGAUCAGCGUCUAACAUGGUACGAGGCGCAAGACCAGAAUCCCGCCUCCAUGAUCGCCUCGCUCUCCAACGACGCGAACAAUCUCGGUGGCGUCACGGGCACGGUGAUCGGGACGAUCUUCUGCAUCUUUGUCAACCUCAUCGCGGGGAUCUCGGUGAGUCUGGCGAUUGCGUGGCGGAUCGCGAUCGUCAUCCUCGCCCUCGUACCCAUCAUCCUGGCUGCAGGGUAUAUGAGGUUGAAGGUGCUAGCAGACUUUCAGAAACGCCACGAGACGGCGUAUGUCAAAUCCAACUCGCUCGCCAUCGAGGCGGUGCAGUGCAUCAAGACGGUCGCCUCGCUCGGUCGCGAAGAGGAUGUGAUGCGCAAGUUCGAACGCUCGCUCGAAAAGCCCUAUCGGGAGAGCAUGCGUCAUUUCCUCUUUGGAAACGUGUUCUUGGCGCUGGCGCUGAGCAUCAGCUACUUUAUCUAUGCGUUUGCGUAUUGGUGGGGCAGUCAGAACAUCGCUGAUGGACGGUAUAGCCAGACGGCGUUCUUCAUUGUGCUGCCCGCACUGCUGUUCAGCGCCCAGGCGAGCGGGCAGUUGUUGGCGUUCGCACCGGAUUUCAGCAAGGCCCAUGUGAGCGCGGCCAACUUCUUCCGCCUGAUGGAUCAGAGGCCGGCGGCGGUGGAGAGGAAGAAGCUGCUCAAGCAGGAGAGGAAGGAAGCCAAAGCCUCCCGUGGCAAGAAACCCUUCCUCCGCCGGGAGAAGCCCGCCCCAUCUUCCGCUGCCGAAGAAGACGUCGAGGAAGGCGAUAACGCCUCCGCCGACGCAAUCGAGAAAGCCCGCCCAUCCACUGUAACCUUCGACGGGGUCAACUUCACCUACCCGACGCGCUCCGAUCCCGCGCUGAAGGAUGUCUCGCUCACCAUCCCGGGCGGGUGCUUCGCGGCAUUCGUCGGCCAGUCCGGCUCAGGAAAGACGACCGCCAUGUCGCUCAUCGAGAACUUCUACACUCCUUCCUCCGGCAGUGUCACGGUGGACGGUCUUCGCACCGACCGCACCUCCGACCAAGUGCUGCGUCGUGAUAUCGCCAUUGUGCCGCAGGAACCUGUGAUCUUCUACGGCACGGUGCGGUUCAAUGUUCUUCUCGGCCUUCGACCUGAUCUUCCCUCCAAACGAAGGCGUGACCUGUCGGAGCUGGAGCAGGAAGCUCGAGAAGAAGAAGAAGCGUUGCUCGCACCCUACAAAGAGGACCUAGCAUGGCAGAACGACGUCCCCGACUCGCUGGUGGAAGACGCUUGCCGUCAAGCAGGCAUCCACGAUACGAUCAUCGGGUUCAAAAAGGGCUACGACACGUUGAUCUCGUCCUCGCAGCUGAGCGGGGGGCAGAAGCAACGUCUGUCCAUCGCCCGUGCGCUCAUCCGCAAACCCAGGCUACUGUUGUUGGACGAAAGCACGAGUGCAUUGGACAGCCAGUCUGAACAGGCGUUCCAAAAGACCCUCGCCGACAUCCGCGAGAGAGGCGAGUGCACGAUUCUGGCCAUCGCCCACAGGAUGAGGACGAUCAAGGAUGCUGAUCUGAUCUUUCUGUUCGAGGGAGGAGAGUUGGAGGCUCAGGGUGGAUAUGCAGAACUCAUGAAGAAGAGCGACAAGUUCAAGGCUAUGGUCAGUUAUCAGAGUCUCAACUAG